GACAGUGUGUAACGCUAUAGGCUGGAAGGAGGCAGCUGUUGCCAUUAUAUUAUCAACCAGCUUAGACGCAUCAGCGGCUUCAUUCUCUCCGAAGGAAAAAAAAAUAAAAGAUGAGUCGAUCGACACCAUCGUAAACACACUAAACUAGAAACUGAAAAUAGAUUUUUAAAAAGUUAAAUCAAAUGGUACAGAAAAGUAGUAUGUCCAGGACGCCUUCGACCUCAACCCAGGAGAUCCAAAUGGACAUGUUCGACCAUCACCCACACACACAGGGAAAGUACGCCAAGAGGAAGAGCCGAUUUAAGCGCUCAGAUGGAAGCACCUCAUCUGACACCACCUCAAACAGCUUUGUCCGACAGGGCUCUGCAGACUCCUACACCAGCCGACCGUCGGACUCGGACGUGUCCCUGGAGGAGGACCCUGAGGCUCUGAGGAAGGAGGCCGACAGGCAGGCUCUCGCCACACUCGAGAAAGCAAAGACCAAACCAGUGGCAUUUGCUGUGCGUACAAAUGUUGGUUACAACCCAGGCCCCAAUGAUGAUGUUCCUGUGCAGGGCAUGGCCAUCUCCUUUGAAGCCAAAGACUUCUUGCACAUUAAAGAGAAGUACAACAAUGACUGGUGGAUCGGGCGUCUGGUGAAAGAGGGCUGUGAGGUGGGCUUCAUUCCCAGUCCGGUCAAACUGGAGAACACCCGUCUGCUGCAGGAGCAGAGGAUGAGGCAAAACCGACUCAGCUCCAGUAAAUCUGGAGGAAGUUCUAGUCUUGAUGUUGCCACGGGAACCCGCAGGCCUACUCCACCUGGAACAGCUCACGUGGACAUGUCCACAGUGGCCUUUGACGUUGACCCCCUCGACCUGGAGGCUGAGGAGGCCCCUGAGUCCCAGGGUGACCCUCGCUCUUCCAAGAGCAUGUCAGGCAGCGUAACAUCCCCCCAGGCCAACAUCCACCGACUGCCCUUCUUUAAGAAGAUGGAGCAUGUCCCCCCUUACGACGUGGUUCCCUCCAUGAGGCCCAUCGUCCUAGUCGGACCUUCACUCAAAGGCUAUGAAGUGACGGACAUGAUGCAGAAAGCACUUUUUGACUUCCUGAAACACAAGUUUGAGGGCAGGAUAUCCAUCACACGGGUGACAGCCGACAUCUCUCUGGCCAAACGUUCAGUCCUCAACAACCCGAGCAAACACACUAUCAUUGAGCGCUCCAGUACCCGCUCGAGCCUGGACGUACUGGCUGAGGUGCAGAGUGAGAUCGAGCGUAUCUUCGAGCUGGCCCGAACUCUCCAGCUUGUUGCUUUGGAUGCCGACACCAUUAACCACCCCUCUCAACUGGCUAAGACUUCCCUGGCUCCCAUCAUUGUUUAUAUCAAAAUAGCUUCACCUAAGGUUCUCCAGAGGCUCAUUAAAUCCAGAGGGAAGUCCCAGGCUAAACACUUAAAUGUGCAGAUGGUUGCAGCAGACAAGCUGGCUCAGUGCCCACCUGAAUUAUUUGACAUCAUCCUGGAUGAGAACCAGCUGGAGGAUGCCUGCGAACACCUGGCUGACUACCUUGAAGCAUACUGGAAGGCGACACACCCUCCAAGCAGCAACCCUCCCAACCCUCUGCUGAAUCGUACCAUGGCUACGGCAGCCCUCGCUGCCUCCCCAGAGCCCGUCUCCAACCUACAGGGGGCGUACUUGGUGCAUGGUGAGCAGAAGCGGGAAGGGCCUCUGACAGAGUGUGGUGGGAGCGGCACGCUGCAUGACUAUCAGACAGACCUGGGAGGGAAGCCCCAGCAGCAGCACCAGCAGCAAGCGUACCUGCGCUCCUCUCGUGGCCAGCUACGAGGAGGCAGCGGGCGAGGUCUUUCACGGCAAGACACCUUCGACUCCGAGACCCAGGGCAGCCGGGACUCGGCCUACACCGAGGCCGGUGACUCCUGCAUGGACAUUGAGACCGACCCCUAUGAGGAGCCUGAGCCCUACCGAGGAAGUGGGGGCAGCCGCCUCCACCUGGCGCAGCAUCUCGGCCGACAAGCCUCCUGGGAAGACGAAGGUGCCGAGCCGGACCAGGAAAACCGGAACCACCCUCCGAUGCCGAGCCAGACGCAUCCGCAUGGACGUGCCAAGCUGAGGGAGCGUUACUGCCAGGACCCUGUGGACACAGGGGCCAACAUGAGCCGCAACAAGAACCAGGACGACUGGGGGAGGGACGUCUACAUCCGCUGAACGGUCAUCAUACCACAGAGCCAAGGAAGCCCCUGGACAGACUGAGGACAGAGGGAGAGGAGGGGAUGGGGGGGAAAUGCUCUGGUUUUUGGGUUCAACAGGAACUGAAGUGUAGGUUUGGGGCCAUGCCGGUCAGGCUAACAAAAAAAUCUGUUUACAUCCCAGUACAAUGUAAAGAAAUACAUCAACUGCCAGAUGCCAUUCUCAUCAAGUUCUUCUUGUAAUUCAGUUUAUUUACAUUUAGAAAAAAUAAUAUUGGUCUUUUUUGUUUCUUAUGUUAAUACUGCAUGAAUAUCAUGGAUUUCUAUACUCACAGCACAAGGACAGUAAUUGUUACGACUCUGAUCUGUAUGAUUCGAUCCUCUCUUCAGUUGUAAAGUGCGAAGGCUGGUAGAGCUGUAGUGCAUCACGUCUGUCCUCUGCAGUCUUAAACAGGGUCUAAUGUCACGGUUCCCAUGUAUGUACAGUGUCAGGGUUUCUCUUUACCUUAAGCUCACUCAGUGCUUUUGGCUUUCAGGGUUUCCUCCCAUACUGAUAUCCAGAAGUUUUGAGUCUCUCACCUCCACUUUCUUAUCACCCAGACCUUAAAAAGUUGGUGGAGAAGUUGCCAUAUUUUAGCACGUAAAUUUAUCAAUGUUGCUAUACUCAUGUCAGCGCGAUAACAAUGAAUAAUACACUCCAAAGAUGUUUACUUCUUCCCUGACCUGGUUCAGUCACCAUACCUGACUGUAUAUGUCUGACCCAGUCCUCCCAUUUCUGUUAUCCUCUUCUUCAUGGGUGCUGAGGGCACCUCCAGUUGUUCUCUGGUUUCCAAAUGUGGUGCAGAUUCAAAGUAGUCGUGUGAACGAAACGUCCUGCCUUAGUCACUCCCACCCCUUAUUUCAAGAAAACUCCAAUCACAAGUGCCGGAAUGUCUCGCCAAGCCAUGUCCGCCGCUGCUGCGGUGGGAUGUCUUAACUCUUGUUACACUCGUUUUCAUACCAUAUCUCUGUCUCUUUGUGUCUCGUGGCUGCUCCGUCCCAGCUCGUUGCUGAUCUCUUUUUUUCUUUGCACCAGCUUCGUCGUCUGUUUUUCAGGGCUAACAGUUAUAUAAAAAGUACUUGUAUGUGUGGUUAAUCACUUCGAACUUCCACCCAAACAGCUCGCUUGUCUAAUAUUAAAUACCACUCUCUUCUUACUCCUGAUUUCUGACUGAAUUAGUGUUGGGUUUUUGUUUUUGUUUUUUGUUUUUUUCAGUGAACAUUUGCAUUAUUUUUUAAAUCUUCAGUUCUUGUGAGCUAGUGGGAGGAGUAUAAAGUGGGCAGUGGGGGGGUAGGAUCAGCUUUGGUCUUUACACAGUUAUCUAUAAUGGAGAAUCCAUGAAUGUCUUUGGUAGGCUGCUUUGGCCCACCCCCGUCUUCAGUUGAAUAAAUAAAUAUUAAAUAAUGAUCAGUAAAUAAUGUUAUUGUUGCGUUAUCGCAAUUGUUAAAAUGAUGAAAUAACAUGUAUCAUUGGUGCCUGAUUGUAGCUACAUUUUGCUUUUUCUGCCUUUCAUUUUUAAUCUGUGGAUAAAUUCGUAUUUUAAUUAAAAAUCGAAUAAGAAAAUGC